AUGACUUUUACAUUAAGACCGUUUCAAGAAGAAGAUAAACCGCAGUUUCUCGAAUUAUUCAUUGGUGAAAAAGGUUACGUUCAUGAUAAAUGGAAACCUUCAUUUACUAAAGAAGUAUUAGAUACAUUAAUUUCAAGAUUUUUAGAUCCAAAUGAACCUGUGUACUCAGUUGUUGCAAUUGUUGAAGAUAAAAUAGUUGGUUUUGCAAAUUAUGUAACUCAUAGAUUCACAUGGACAAUUGAAGACGCGUUAUACUUGAAUGAUUUAUUCAUUGCUAAAGAUUUUAGAAGUAAAGGUCUUGGUAGAUCAUUAGUUGAGUAUAUUUACCAAAAAGCUGAUAAAUUAAAUUGUAAAAAAUGUUACUGGAAUACUGAAUUUGAUAAUUACAAAGCAAGAAUUUUAUACAGUAAAGUUGGUGUUAAAACGGGUUCAUUAUCUUAUAGAAGACCAUUUGAAAAUGAGAAAAUCGAACCUAAUCCAUUUGAUUAA